AUGACGUUACAUGAAGAUGCAGAUUUGUUCAUGGACGAUUUUAUUUUCCAAGAGACUGAUGCUUCGGAUCUAUCACUACUGGAAUUUGACCCAAACGAUAUACUACUGACACCCAUUAUUGAGUCGUCUAGGAGCCACACGCACUUACAGCAGACGCUAUUUCCAGCCACUGUCAGCCAGUUCCCACCCAGUCCAGUGACGACUGAUGAUGAUAGCACAGAUGCUGAAGCCUCGACAUCGCCUCCUGCUGAUUUGAAGCAGUCGACGAAUUCAUUGCAAGUGGAUACAGAUUCGACGUUGUCUCCUGCAGCCGAAGAAUCAUCGCUGCGCUUGUUCAUGACGAUGCACUCGCCACUGCCAAGCGGACAGAACCUGCUCGCGUCUAGAGCGCACAAGAUCAUCAGCAAAAGUAGCAGCAAUAUCACCAACAGCUCAGUCACGUCAACUCCCAUCAAUGCAUCCAAGUCGAUGCAGUCUACUGACAAGAUGCAGCCAAUGCCAGCAUUGAAGCCGUUCCCGAACGCCCUGCCCUACGCGAUGCCGGUGGCGUACUUCACACCAUCAUUCGAUGCCAACCAAAAGCGACCAUUGGCUUACACCCUUCCUGGCACGGCUUCACUCAGUGCGUAUGAGUCUGUGUCGUCUUCUAGCUCCAUUACUGUUGCUGCUGCAACCAGCGACAACUCUAAUGCAAAGAAGUCCAAGCGCGAGAUCCGCUAG